CUGCCUCAGUGUCCUGGAGGUGCACUUCCUGCUGUUCCGGAGGCCUCAGACCCUGUUGUGUCUGUGGAGACAGGUGCCUCUCCAGUUCUGGCAAUAUGCCCCCUUCCCCUGGCUUCUUUGGUGUCCUCUGAUGUGCUGGCACUUUGCAAAAAGAAAGAAAACUUCCCUAUGGUUCACAAUCGCCCUCUUGAUAGUGUCUGUUUUCAUACUGACCAUAGGCCUUGCAGCUACCACCAGAACAGAAAACGUAACUGUGGGUGGUUAUUAUCCAGGAAUAAUCCUUGGUUUUGGGUCCUUCCUAGGGAUUAUCGGUAUCCAUCUUGUAGAGAACCGGAAGCAAAUGUUGAUAGCAUCCAUUGUGUUCAUCAGCUUUGGAGUGGUAGCAGCUUUCUGUUGUGCAAUCGUUGAUGGUGUGUUUGCAGCACGACAUAUAGAACCCAGGCCUUUAUAUAAUAAACGGUGCCAGUAUUAUUCAAGUGGAGUAGGAUUCUUAUAUGAUGUUUACCAGACUGAGGUGACAUGUUACACCUUAAACAGCAAGUGUCAGCUGAGAGUGAAGAGUAACACCUGCUAUUGCUGCGAUUUGUACAAUUGUGAAAACUCAGAACACUCUACCAGCUAUUACGAGUUCCUUGGCGUGAACAGCUGCCAGGAUGUGGUCCACUUGUACCGGCUGCUCUGGUCCUCCACUGUCUUGAACAUCAUCGGAUUGUUUCUUGGCAUAGUCACAGCAGCCAUACUUGGGGCAUUUAAAGAUGUGGUGCCUCUCUCACAAAUUGCCUUCAGCUCUGGCCCUCCACCACAGAUUCUUUACAAUCCAGCUCAGCAGAUUCUGACGUAUGCUGGGUUUUGCCCUUCUGCAGCAACUGUUCCUCAUUAUGCUUCCUACCAUUUACCCCUUCAGCCUACCAACAAUUUCCCAACAGCAUCAUCUACUGAUAUUUCUUUAUCCGACGACACUCAGCCACCAUCUCAGUCCAGCUCUAACUAUGGCUUGCCUCCCAAUGCUCCUCCAUUAUAUACACCAUAUUUCCUGUCAGGUGAAAAGCCUCCACCGUACGUACCGUAGCCAAGACACCAAUAUUAGCAAGUAGCAGGUUUAAAAACAAAAGCCUUGGCAAGAAAUGUGUGCUAACUAGCUAGUGGACUUUCAGGAGUGUCAUAUUGUGUGGCAUGUUAUUUAUCAGCUUUAAAUCCAAAUAACAUAUUAACAAGAUAAUGAUUGCAAAACAGGCAGGCAUCACAGACAGUUGAUCGAUCAGUCAAAUAUUGCAUGCAGUUCUUUUCAACCUACCUUUUAAACUAACAUGCAUCCCGCUGCACCUACAAAGCAACUAUUAUUUAUAAAACAGAGCAAAGAUCUAGGUAUCCACAUACAGCCUGCAUUUGGAUAUUAAUGAUAAAUCUGGUUUAUCGUAAUGAAAAUGAAUCAGGUGAGCUUUGGGUUCGUGACAAUCCUUGUCCUCUUCCAAUGCAGCUGCAAUGAGAAGUUUGUGCUUUUGUUUCCGUUUCCAGUUAACACGGUUUAGUUUUGUCUGAACCCUAAAGUAUGGGUAAUCUUAAUCAUGGUUUAUUGGGGGAAAAAACCCAAAAGCCAGAGUUAACACUAACCACGGUUUGUUUGCAAUUGCACAUAACACUACUAUGAUUUGUCAAACACAGAAGCAAGUUUUUGAUAUACUGAUUAUAUAGGGACACAUGAACUUGCUUAUCUAGAUUUGUUCCUGCAACAGUUUAUGGUUAUGUCUGAAUGCAGACGUUGUGUGCUUGGUGGCCCAAGAUACUAGAUGACAGCCUUUAUAUUGCAAGGGGAUGUUCAUAGAGAGAAUAGCAAUGCAGAUACACAAGUGAGCCGCAUGUGCAGCAGUUCACUGCACAGUGGCAAAGCCGCUUUGUAUGUAAAUCAUUUCAUAAAGCUGCAAAACUCUGGCUUCUUAGUUUUAUUUCCUUAUUCAUAAUAGUUGGGUUUACCUCAUUUAGAAUCUAAAUUAUUACUGCUGUAC